GCAGAGCGGGCGCACAGAGCGAGGAGCGCGCAGCGCUGCCGCCGGCGCACCCUCAGCCCGCUCCCGGCCCCGCCGCAGCCCCCCGCCCGGCCAGAUGAUGAACUUUCUGCGGCGCAGGCUCUCGGACAGCAGCUUCAUCGCCAACCUGCCCAAUGGCUACAUGACCGACCUGCAGCGGCCGGAGCCGCAGCAGCCUCCGCCGCCGCCGCCGUCCGCGGGCUCCCCGGCCGCGGCCUCGGGCUCGCCGGCCUCGGAGCGCCGGCAGCCGCAGCCGCAGCCCGCGCCCCCUCAGCAGCCGCAGCCGCCGCCGCCGCAGCAGUCGGCGGGCAGCAGCUUCUUCAGCUCGCUCUCCAACGCCGUGAAACAGACGGCGGCCUCGGCCGGGCUGGUGGACGCGUCCGCCGCCGUCUCCGCGGCUGUCGGCAGAAAGUUCAAGGUGCUCCUGGUCAUCGACGAGCCGCACACGGACUGGGCCAAGGCUUUUCGUGGAAAAAAGGUCCAUGGAGAGUAUGACAUAAAGGUGGAACAGGCAGAAUUUUCAGAAAUCAACUUGAUAGCCCAUGCUGAUGGCAAUUAUGCAGUUGAUGUCCAAAUCAUUCGAAAUGGCACAAAAGUUGUCAGGUCGUUCCGGCCCGACUUUGUGCUGGUGCGGCAGCACUCGUACAGCAUGGCGGAGAACGAGGAUUUCCGCAACCUCAUCAUUGGCAUGCAGUACGCCGGCGUGCCCAGCGUCAACUCCCUCGAGUCCAUCUACAACUUCUGCGACAAGCCCUGGGUGUUUGCCCAGCUGGUGUCUGUCUACAAAUCUUUGGGCCCGGAGAAGUUCCCUCUGAUCGAGCAGACCUUCUACCCCAACCACAAGGAGAUGCUCACAAUGCCAACCUUUCCUGUUGUUGUGAAGAUUGGACAUGCUCACUCAGGCAUGGGAAAGAUCAAGGUAGACAACCACUACGAUUUUCAGGACAUAGCCAGCGUGGUAGCACUCACUCAGACCUACGCCACCACUGAGCCCUUCAUAGACUCCAAAUAUGACAUCAGGAUCCAAAAAAUAGGCAGUAACUACAAGGCAUACAUGAGAACUUCCAUAUCCGGGAACUGGAAGACAAACACGGGCUCUGCCAUGCUGGAACAAAUUGCUAUGUCAGAUAAGUACAAGCUUUGGGUUGACACCUGUUCUGAAAUAUUUGGUGGCUUGGACAUCUGUGCUGUUAAAGCUGUACAUGGGAAGGAUGGAAAAGAUUAUAUUUUUGAGGUGAUGGACUGUGCCAUGCCCCUGAUUGGGGAGCACCAGGCUGAAGACAGGCAGCACAUCACCGAGUUAGUCGUAAGCAAAAUGAACCAAAUGUUGUCCAAAACUCCUAUUCCAUCUCCUCAGAGACCCACUGCCACUCAGCAGCCUCAGAGUGGAUCACUAAAGGAGCCAGAGCCAAACAAAGUCCCACCUCAGCGACCACCACCUCAAGGGGGCCCAGUGCAACCCCAAGGAAUGCAAUCCCAAAGCCAGGAGGCGUUGCAGCCCCAGCGCGUGUUCCCCGCGGGGCAGGCAGCGAAGCCCGCAGCCUCGCAGCCCCAGCGCCCGCCCGGACCCACCACCCAGCAGCCUCGGCCCCAGGCCCAAGGUCCUCCCAGCUCCAGGUUAUCAAAGGAAGCAGAGCCACAGCCACAGCCCCAGCCAGAGCCACAGCCGGCGCAGCAGCAGAAGCCGCAGUCGCACCCGCAGCUUAACAAGUCUCAGUCCCUGACCAACGCCUUCAGCUUCACAGAGUCCUCCUUCUUCAGGUCGUCCGUGAACGAGGACGAGGCCAAAGCUGAGACCAUCCGGAACCUGAGGAAAUCCUUUGCCAGCCUCUUCUCUGAUUAGCCAGCUUUGUGUAGAGUCUGAAUGUCCCAUAGGUUUUGUUCUCCCUGUGCCAGCACCCUUCUCUACUGUGCUCACUGUUGUACCAAGCAAUAUGUCCAACCCACAGAAACACAAAUCAAUAAUAGCAGGAGGACUUUGGUGGGGGAGACGCCACGCAGGAACACGUGGAAGGCUCUGGAAGGAAGGAAGGAAGGAAGGAAGGAAGGAAGGAAGG